UCCAAAAUUGUAUCCAAGGAUAGCUAAAGUUCUUCUGUACAUUUUUCUUCAAGGAUUUACGCAUCCUUCUUUGGAAUUCAAUUUAGUAGGCCUCCAGAGGGUUUACGACAUUCCAAUCACGUAACAUCGCUUUUGUCGUUCUAACCACAGACUCUUCAUAUUAUUCUACAUCGUUAUUAUUAGUACGUUUAAGUAUUAAUGUUCACAAGGACAGCGUAAGAUAAAAUUAAUCAUAGCCAUGAAUGAUUCGUAGUAUGACAAAGGCAACUAAUCAUAUCUCUCUGUUUUCGAUAUUUCGUAAUUAUUAAACUUUUCGUGUUAUCGUGUUAAAAUGUUCACGAAUACAUUUUCAUUCAGUUCUUUUCUCUUUUUUUUCUUCUCCUUCUCUCUCUCUCUCUCUCUUUUUUUUUAAUCUGGAUUUUUAAAUUAACGAUAAUUAAGCUUGAUAAAACGAAAAUCUCCUAAAAAGUACGAAUAAUAGAAUGGAGGACAAUUAAGGAGUUGGUACGAUCGGACAAUUACAAAGUUAUUAGGAAAUCCAUUGGUCAUUAGGCCGCUUGGAAAGAGACCGUAGGAAGAUGCAAAGACGUAAUGGAGCUUGAAGGAGUGUGUAACGAAAAUACAAAAAUGCAAAGGGGUAAAGUAGAAUAGUUUGUUGGUCAUUGCAAGGCCGAGGCCGAGCAAGGAUAUAUUCUAGUUACUAUGUCCAGCUGGCGGCUCGUCGGACUAUACAUGUUUACUACUACUUUCACGGAGGAGGUAUGUCAAAAGUGAAAUCUGCAGUAAGGCGCAGGGAGUAUAAAAGAGCGGGAUGCGUAUAUAUAUAUAGUUUGCUGGGAUAGACUGCUUUGCCAGAAAAAAAAGGAAAAUUAUAUAGAGCUCAAAAAGAGAAGAAAAAUUCAAAAACAAAAAUUUUUAUUCGCAGAAAAGUAGAAAAAAGUAGAAAAAAAAGAAUGAAAUAUAUUAUAUGUAAGAGGAUAAGUAAGCAUACUUAACAAACUAAACGUUAAAAUAAUUAUAGAUAUGGGUUAAUGGUAAGGACCUAAUUAUCAGUUGAGUAACAUUUAAUUAACUGUUCUAUUAAUUGAACAAUUCAACGAGCCAUUGGUUGUCGAGGAUAGGAAGAGAGAAAAUGUGUCUGGGGUAGGUAUAUCGAUCAGAAAAAGGGGUUGAGGUGUGUAUAGAACAAGAGAGUGAGAGUGAGAGAGAGAGAGAGAGGGAGAGAAAGAGUGAGAGAGGGAGAGGCAGAGAAUGGGAGAGGUGAAACGAAGAUCGUCCUGCACGAGCCUCCGAUGGCCAAAUGGGGCUCAGGGCUGUAUCGCCAGGCUGCUGCACCCUUUCUCUCCUGCUUCUACUAUGCGACCUUGACCUAGGGGGUUCCUCUCGCGCCGGCGUCACGCCCUCUCGGCUUCUCCCCUCUUUCUCUUCUUUUUCUUAUUCGUUUUCUUCUUCCUUAUCUUUCUCGAGCUUUUGAAUAACCAACUUCAUUACUCUUUUCGUCGUUUACUUACAACUAGAUUAGACGCCGUCUUCUCUCGACUGAUUUUCUUUCGCCCUUCAGUAUCACGCUCACCUUCUUUCCUUUCUGCUUUUGAUUCUUCGCUCGCGAGUUUUAGCUAAAACGGGUGAAAACAGGUCCGACCUCGAACACGUCGCGCCAGUGCCUCGAACGCGCACACGUCGUCUACGCGUUCUCCUCCUCCUCUUUUUCAUCCUCACCCUCUUCUACCACCACCAUCACUACCACCAACUCGACACCGUCAUCGGCACCGACCGGAUUUUGUUGCAGUCGCUCUCCGAGCCGCGAGCAAGGCCGAUAUCUGGUCUAGUUUAUCAGGAUAGAACAAUUAGUUUUUGCAUUUGAGAAUUGACAUUUGGAUUCCGUCCAAGAGGCAUCCUCGCUGGACUGUGCCAAUGUCAUCUACUACCAUGCGACCGGCGGAAGCAUGCAGGCACCGUGCCAGAGAACCGAUUCGCGUCUUUUUCUUCCCUUCAUCGACCGGUCUGUGCCAAGGCCAAGCAAGAAGCAGAAGCCACUGAGAGAAUACGGCCGAUUGUGCCUUAGUACAGAAGACCAGAGUAACGUUGUGACGGCGGAAGUAUGCACCGAGACACGCGGUGGACUUCCGCUUUUACAAGUAUGGCCAAGCGAUUCGCCGAGACGCGAGGUCGAUAGUCAGGAACAAGCUUUUGUAUUUCCGGACGUUCAGGAAAACGUUAACGACAGUGGAAUCGAGUCCAUCCAGGCAUCUCCAUCGCCGUGUAAAGCUGCUUGCAACAGUCCAGCGACGACACCACAACAAUCUCGUCGCGCAAGUCUUUUGCAUCCGGAUCACGCGAGGCUUCAUCUGCAUCAUUUACAUCACAAUCACCAUAAUUCAGGCUCGAAAAGUCCUCCGACUCAAGAUAGAACGUCGAUCGACGAAGAUCCGCCCUCGGUACCUCCAAGCCCUUCUAGUACGACGACGAGUAGUCUCCGAUCGAUGCCGAGUUCAGCGAUCGCAUCUAUGCAUUCUCAGGACAGACGGCGUAGCAGCAGAUACAGCAUGUUCGAUGCUUUGGACUUGGAGUAUGCUCUUUUGAGAGCCGCUGCUAGGGGUUCGGUAGGGCCCUAUUCUCUUUCAGAAUCCCUGCACAAGUUGACGUUCACACAAAGUCUUGCUUUUCCCGCCUUGGCUCGUGGUUUAGCUUCGAAACAGAGUGUACCUACUAGAAGACCUCAACAACAUGCAGAAAGUGGACUGAAUGUCUUCGCCAAAGUUGUUACAGCUCUCGUCCUCAUGUUAGUCAGCGUCUUGGUGUUCGGCGUUGUUUAUAAAUUCGCUAGGACGUGAGGAUGGCUACUGGUACCCGAUCGACAUCCUGGCUCCAAUCAGGACUUUAAUAAUCGGCCGGGUGCCAGCGAGUCUUACGACGAUAAUGCCUGAUCAAUCUUGAUGUCAGGAGUUCGCCAAAAGAUCUCUCUUUCUUUUUUCUUCCUUUUCUCUCUAAUACUCUCUUUUUCUCUCUUCGUCUAUUGCAUCUUUUUCUUCCGAUCCAUUCGAAAAUCUAGCCUUCCUCUUUAUCAAAGAUUCGAUGUAAGGACGAAUUAUUGGCGACUUUUGACAUGAAUCGAGCAUUAAUUGUAUCCAUAAGGCCUUCUUAACAAAAAAAAGCACAAGUGAUAAUCGGUAUGAUCGAUUUCUUUUCAUUUCUUUCUAUUUUUUUUUUGUUUUCGUCUUCCGUGCGAAAGCGUUAUUUUAAUCGAUUUAAAUGAAAUUCGAGACACGAGGAAUUUCUUUCGUGAAGAAAUCCAUGGUAUUCGUUAAGAUUUUGAUCAAACGGUAAACGAUAUGUAUGAUAUAAAGGUAUAAAGAAUACGAUAUUAAAAGAUUUCAGGAUUUUUGAAGAAGAAAAUGAUUCACCUCCUUGUCGGGAACGAUGCGUACUACGUCCUCGUUUUCGAUUUUAUCACGAUUCGGACAAGGUCCUCGUAUUGGAACCUUCCCCUCUUGGGUUAGUGAAUUUUUUUACAUAAAAAAUUAGAAGCGCUGGCUUUUGGACGAUCGCGUGAGAAUAAUUAGGAGGAAAAAAAAAGAAAAAGAAAAAGAAAAUAAAAAGAAUAAUCAAGGGACAAUUCAAUCAUCUUCAUUGCUUUGCAGUGCCUUGUCCGUGCAUGUUCGCAUUGAAGAUUAGGAAUGUGCACGCGUACACGCAAAAUAUUAUCAAAAAGAAAUACGAUCCCAGGUAUAAGAAAAAAAAAAAAAGAAAAGAGGAAAAAAAGAAAAGAAAGAAAUAAAACAAAAAAGGAAUAGAAUUAUUCAAGUGCUUUAUAGUUUAUACGAUUACUUCUCGAUGACAAUCGCACGGAACGCGUUAAUGCGUUUUCGUCAUGCAAAUUCUAAAACAUAUUACACGUCGAUUUCAAUAAGGUAUAAUCGUGUGCAUGUGUACGUUUCUAAAUGAACGUGAAAUCUUUUCUUCUGUGUCUCCAAGUAAUGAAAGAUUUAUCAAUUAAAAGAAAAAAAGAAAAAAAGAAAAGAGCAAAAAAAAUGAAAAAAAAAGAAAGAAAGAACAAAAAGAUAAUCGGAAUCGAUCAAUGAUAAUCAUAUAUAAUAGAACGUCAUAAAAUCGAUCCGAAGUAUCACAAAACAGAUUAUCUUUCCUAUAAGAAAUUACAAUGAAUCGGCAAAAAAGAACCGAAAUUAUUGAGAUACCACAUAUGAUAAUUAUCUACUAUAUGUACAUAUAAUAAUAUACUUUCCAUGAAUGUACAGGGUGAUACGAAAGUACAUAGACAUAUUUAACAAAAAAGUAUGGGAGAAGAUUUUACGAUAAGUUCGAAGUAAUCCGAUCGAUCCGGUCGACAUCAUUAUUAACAGGCAUAACGUUCAAGUCAUACUAUCGACUAGUUUGAUGUCUCGCUGAAAAAUCAAAGAGAAGGAAGAAAUAAAAUAAAGAAGUAGAAAAGAGAAGUGUCCCCUCGAAGAAUAUUGUCUCAUAUUUAUCUUUCGCUUUGAUGAAUCAGCAUUGUUCUAAUCUCGAGUAAAUUUGAUCGCAGAUUAUUAGAAUGGAUUUAAAAAAAAAAAAGAAAAAAAGAAUUACGAAAAAGAAAGACCAAGUUUUACCAGGAGGAGAUCGAAUUUUCAAAUACAUCUCUUGUAGAAUUAAUAUACGUUAGGUAUAUCUUGUACAUACAAGUAUAAUAUUAUUAUUAUACGGCUGCUAUUUAUUUGGCCAUUAUUUUCAAUCAUUUUUAAUCAGUAUUUUAAAUGAAUGGUCAGUAUUUAUAAUAUAAUAUCAAUACGUAAUAUAAGUGAUUUAAUAUUGAGCUGAUUAAUUUACGAAAUGAACUCUCAAUAUUUUAAUUAAAAUAUUUGUAAAUAAAAUAAUUUGUCUCAAUUUUAAAUAUAUAGUCGAUAUUUAUAAUAAACUCAUAUGCAAUUCUGACAUUUAAUUAUUUAUAUUGACCAAUUAUAUUAUGUACUGAUAUUUUAUUAUAAGUACUGAUCAAAAUAUUCAUACAUACUGAUCAUUUAUUUAACAAAAUACUUACCGUUAAUUAAUAAAAAUUUUGGCCAAAUAAAUAGAAGUGUUAUUAUACAAAGAUGUGUCAUGAUCCAUAUUACACGACACAAUGCUUUGUACAAAGCAACGAAAUUUUUAAGUAAAGAAAUUUUCGUAAAAUCUCUUCUCUUGGUAACAAUGCUACUCUCUUUAUCUUGUCGGUUUUAUCGUUGUCAUGUGUGAUAAUAUAAUAGAUAUAUAUAUAUAUUUUUUUUAGAACGUCAUUCUAAAGAUAAUUUUAAUUUCUGAAGUAUUAUUGAAUAUAGUUAAUUAUUGUUUUCUUGAAAUCUCUCUUUCUUUCUGUAUCUUUAAUAGGGCGAACUUAAAAGUGAUAACGAAAUUAUUUGCGUUAUCGUGUCUUAAAAAAUUGUUCGAACAUAUAAAAUACUAUCGCAAAGCUCUUACUAAAAGACUCAUUUAAAAAUCGAAAAUCUUAUCGAACGAGGUAACUUGGAGAACAUUGAAAUUAAAUUUCACUGUGCCAAUAUCCUGUCUCGUUUAUAAUCGAUUACGUCGUUGUUGCAAUGACGUUGCCUCGAUACACACAUAUAUAUAUAUAUCAUAUAUAUAUAUAUUAUUAUUAUUAUUAUAAAUAACAAUAUAUACGUCAUAAGAAAA